AUGAAAAUAAAUAAUAAUAAAAUUAAAUCAUUGUUUUUGUUGAGUUUAGUUGGUUCUGGCUUAGCAAAAGAAGAAAAUGCAAAGAACCAAACUGAAAUUUUAUCCGAUGGGAUAAAUCUUAAUUCGCUACCACAAAUGGCAACUAAUCUUACUAAAAGAGAAAAUGAUCCUGAUAAAACUUUAAUUUUUGCGGGAUAUCCAAUAUCUUUGGGUGUUGGUACAGUUGGUGGAAACUUUAACCGUUACUGUACAGCGAGUUUUAUAAUUGAAAAUAGUGAUUCACAUCAAGCUGUAAUUUCGACGUUUUGUAUGCCAGAUGAACAUUGUGCUGGUACUAUGAAUAAGUAUGUUGUUAGUUGGGAUGGUUUAAUUAAUUUAGGUUCCGCCCCCCUUUAUUUUACUAUUGGAGAUAACUCAUUACAUGAUUAUACAACUAUAGAGUAUAAUUUAGAUAAUGUGGAACCUAUUCCCUAUGUUGUGGGAGAUAAUAAUCAUUUUUAUCCAGUCGUUGGUUAUGCCCAGCUACCUGCGGUUGGAGAUAAAGCGUGUGCUUAUGGAGCAGUAAGUGGUUACCUUUGCGGUAAAUUUUCUCAACAACCUCUUGAUUCCUACCUAACUAUUCCUGAACCUUGUAGUAAAGUGAAUAUGAAUGAUCAGACUCUAAAUACUAAAAUUGUUGCUCCGUUAUUAGCAGUAGAACUAGGGGUAAAUGGUUUUUAUGCUCAAGAAGAUAUCGGUGGUCCAGUUUAUACAGUAAGUAAUAUUGGAGAUCAAACUGUUGCUUGA